AUGUCUUCGGCCAGGAAGAUCACCCUGAAGAGUUCGGAUGGAGAGGCGUUCGAGGUGGACGAGGCGGUGGCGCUGGAGUCGCAGACGAUAAAGCACAUGAUCGAGGACGACUGCGCCGACAGCGGCAUCCCUCUCCCUAACGUCACCAGCAAGAUCCUCGCCAAAGUCAUUGAGUACUGCAAAAAACAUGUCGACGCUGCCAAUCCCGACGAUAAACCCUCCGAUGAAGAUCUCAAGGCCUGGGACGCCGAUUUUGUUAAAGUCGACCAGGCCACGCUCUUCGAUCUCAUCCUGGCUGCGAACUACUUGAACAUCAAGAGCCUGCUGGAUCUUACCUGCCAGACUGUAGCAGACAUGAUCAAGGGGAAGACUCCAGAGGAAAUUCGCAAGACCUUCAACAUUAAGAAUGACUUCACCCCUGAGGAAGAAGAGGAAGUUCGUCGGGAAAACCAGUGGGCAUUUGAAUGA